AUGAACGUGUGCGCACUAUCAGAUUCGUCGGGUUGCUUUGUCCGACGAGGUAUCCAUAGCAACCGCAAUAUGUUAUUAGUCAUUUAGUCGACCCGUUUUAGUCCAAAAAAGAGGCAAAUGUCUGCCAGAUCGUGUCAUUGUGUAGGGGUUUUUACGUUUCGAUUUGUGGCUUAGAGUAGUCUGAGACAUGCAUGAUGCCACCGGGAUGAUGCAUGCAAAGCAAAUGUUUUCUACAAGACCUUAGCGACAUGAUCUCACAGACAUUUACAUCUGUGUGCUUCCAGUUUUGCGAACAAUCGGAGCAUGGACGUGACAAUUAAUGUCAUGUUCGUGUUUUGAACAAGGAAGUUUUAUAGGACUAUCUAGCUAAAAAAACGUGAUUGGUUGACCCGGUUUCACGUCCUGUCCGGACAGAGCGAGCCAGGUCUAGACAAAACUGUAGGCCUAUCGUUUUGGCCUUUAUAAAGAAUAGCCUACCUCGAUCAAGUCUUCCAUCACGGACCACAGAAUUGAAUAAGUUCUCGAUCUCAUAGAAUGACACUGGUACCAUCUGGUGUCUUAUAUUUGCAGUAACUGAUGCUGGACCGCCAUGAUUCGCGCAGCCCGACGGCUAAUGCAUGAUUUUCACACUCGCAUACUUAAUACUUGCAUCUCGUCAGGAUCCUUCUACCAGAAAGAGAUCACCGACAUCAUGGCCUUGGCAUCUUCUUCUAACAAGAGGGAGAUAAUUAUACUGGUUGAUAUGGAUGGUGUUCUGGCCGAACUCGAGGGUUACUUCCUGCAGCAGUUCAGGACUAAAUGGCCUGAUAAACCAUUUGUCCCGAUAAAGGACCGUCGGACGUUUCUGUUAAAUGACGAGGACAUAUAUUCUCAGGAGGAUGUUUAUGAAAUAUUAGAUGCACCAAGGUUUUUCCUUGAUCUACCACCAAUAGAGGGGGCCGUGGAAGCUCUGAAGGAGAUGGCGAACAUGGAUGGUAUAAGCGUGUUCAUUUGCACCACACCUUGGUUGAAGACAUACCGGUGUUCAACAGUAGAAAAGUACGAAUGGGUUGAGAAACACAUGGGUGGAGAGUGGUUGAGGCGCAUGAUUCUUACCGUUGAUAAAACUAUUAUCAAAGGCGACAUUCUUAUUGAUGACAAUCAUUUCAUAACUGGCAUAGAGAAAAAGCCCACAUGGGAACAUGUGCUAUUUUCUGCUGGUCAUAACCGCCAUGUAACACUGGAAGGACAGAGACGCAUAGACGGAUGGCAGUCCCGAAAGACCUGGAUUGGCAUUAUUAAUGAUCUCAAAGACCGUGUGUAUAAUGUUGACCUUGAUGAGACGUCUUGAACCCCAAACACUCGGCUCCGCAUAGGACUGCAAGGCCAAUGGUGUAUUGUUAAUUAUACACGAUAAAGAGAGUUGUCAGAUGAUAUGAUGGUUAGGAGGCAUUUAGGCGGUAAAUGUCUACGAGGUUAUGUCGGAGGUCUUUUCAUGCUUUCAUGGUUUAGAGUAUGUACGUCCUGGUGUUUAGUCUGAUUUUAUGCAUUACAUCAAGAAUAAAUACAAACUAACGAACUCAUAUAUAUUCAUACAUGUAUC